UCAUUCUGUUAUACAUAGGGUCGCUAGGAGUUGGAACCAACUCGACAGCACCUAAUAACACUUGUCCAACUGCAACAUGAAGAUGCAAUUAAAUCUAAGUAUCUGUGAAAAAUGAAUGUAAUAAAACAAUGCCUGCUUUUAAAAACAAUGUUUGUUUUUCUUGUGGAGAUUUCUGUAAAGGGUUUUUUUUUUUGUUUUUUGUUUUUUAAGGUAAGGCUAUAAAAUCUAAAAAUCACUGAGCAGAUCCAGCGUUUGACGUCUCCAGUUUUUACUCGAAAUGAUGAUCUUUUGUCAUCACCUCCAGCAGGAUUGUUAUUUUAGCAUCGUGGUCAUCAUUGCUUGUUUGUAUAAGCCAAACAAAAGUAUCACACAAACAAAACAGGUUACUUCCAUAGCUUUUUCUCCUGCCUGAGGUGCUCUUAAAAGACAGAAAAGGUCUUCUUAAAGCAAAUCAUGUUCCUUAACUAAUUUGUGCUCUAUAGGCAGGUGUUCAGUUGGGUGGGUAUACCUGAUUUUUAAAAAAGAGACAAUGCUAUCAGCUUUAGGGAUGUGUGUUAUUUGCAUGGUAUUGUCUUGCUGAUAGAGAAAUACUAAGUGAUCACUGGCUAAUUUCUUAACAUUUAUAAGCCUCAGUUUCCCAUCUGUAAGAUGGGAAUAAUAAUAGCGUCUUCUUCCUGGUGUUUAAAGAUUAAAUGAAAUCAAGCAUGUAAAGUGCUUAAAACAGUGCCUGGCAUAGUAUGUGUUUGAUACUGUUUUUAAAAUAAAAAGUCAAUUGAUUUUUAGAUAAACUUUAAAUAAUCUUCUUAUGCAGAAGACUUAACAGAUGGUUCAUAUGAUGAUGUCCUGAAUGCUGAACAACUUCAGAAACUCCUUUACCUGCUUGAGUCAACUGAGAAUCCUGCAAUUAUUGAAAGAGCUUUGGUCACUCUGGGUAACAACGCAGCCUUUUCAGCUAACCAAGCCAUUAUUCGUGAAUUGGGUGGUAUUCCAAUUGUUGGGAACAUGAUUGACAGUCCCAACCACAGUAUUAAAGAGAAAGCUUUAAAUGCACUGAAUAACCUGAGUGUGAAUGUUGAAAAUCAAGACAUCAUAAAGAUAUACAUUAGUCAAGUCUGUGAGGAUGUCCUCUCAGAUCCCCUGAACUCUGCUGUGCAAAUGGCCGGACUGAGAUUAUUAACAAACAUGACUGUCACCAGUGACCACCAGCAUAUGUUUAACAGUUACAUGACAGACUUUUUCCAUGUGUUACUUACUGGAAAUGGAAACACCAAGGUUCAAGUUUUGAAACUGCUUUUGAAUUUGUCUGAAAACCCAGCCAUGGCAGAAGGACUGUUCGGUGCCCAAGUGGAUUCAUCGUUCCUUUCCCUUUAUGAUGGCCACGUAGCAAAGGAGAUUCUUCUUCGAGUACUCACACUAUUUCAGAAUUUAAAUAACUAUGUCAAAAAGGAUGGCCAUUUAGUUAAUAGGUCUACUUCCACCUUUCAUAAAGGUUCCUUGUUUUCUCUGUUAUAUGGACAAGAAUGUGCCCAGAAAAUGAGAGCUUUAGUUCAUCACCCUGAUGUGGAUGUGAAGGAAAAAGUUGUAAUAAUAACGUAAUUCCGAUUGGCCAUGUUUCCAGAGAGUAAUGCAGUCUGGAAGUAAUACACAUUAUCAAUUUAUACAUUUUCCUUAUAAAGCAAAGGGAGUCUUUCAGCUGUUGAAUUUAAACAGUAAAUACCAUGUUUCAUCAUUAACAUAGCUAUAACUUGGCCAUGGUCUCCAAGUUUAUUUUGAUCAUUUUAUUGAUACCAAAUGAAUAUUAGUGCUUCUACUGAAAACAUUUAUUUCUUUCGAUUUUUGUCUAGAGAUAUUUUAGUUAUUUCCUCUAUAUGAAGUGACAGUGACUUUUUUAUGUAUAAACUGCCCUUCUGCCUUUUGCAGUGAUUUGCAGCUAAGAGGGCGACCCCUAAGAGGUGCAGAGUAGAGCUGUUCCAUAGGGUUUUCAAGGCUGUGACCUUUCAGAAGCAGAUCCCCAGGCUGUCUUCAGAGGCACCUCUGGGUGGGUUUGAACCGCCAGCCUCUUGGCUAGUAGAUGAGCACUGAACCAUAUGUGCUACCCAGGGACUCUAAGAGGACCGUAGUAUGUCAUUAACUGCAUUGUUUUAGAACUGCCAUGGGGAUGGCACUGUUCUUUUAGUAGUGAUCAGAUCCUGAGUCCUCAAGCCCAGCUACCAACUCAGCCAUUCUGCUUUAAGAAAUCUAUUCCAGUCGUUUGUGCUUCUCGUCAAUGAAAAAUGUAAACUUUUAGGAGAAAAUAUUUCCUAGUGCUUGCCCACUCCCAUUUAGUAUGUCAGUAUGUAAAGAUUUUAUGCAUAAAAUACCAGGAUUGAUCAAAAUGUCUACCCAUAGGCAGUUGAGUAAAUCAGUUAUCCUGUCUUUAAAAGAAUGAAGUAGCUCUGAUGUGCUGAUGUGGAAAGAUAGCCAUGAAAUAGUUGUUUUCUAAACUACACUGUCAGAAGAUGUAUAAGGCGAUCCUAUUUGUUUGUUUAAAUGAAAAAUACAUGUUUAUGUGUACACAGAACACUUCCAGAAUGAUACACAGGCUCUGGGGAGUGGGACUGCAGAGUGGGGAAAUGACUUUUCUCUAUACACUCUCUUCUGCUGUUUGAAUUUUUUAACUAUGACCAUAAAUUUUAUAAUAAUUUUUUAAAUAAAGGGGAAAAAACCACAAGGUUAUGUUUAUUUUCUUCCUUUGAUAGUACUUUAUUUUAUUCAUUUCCAUUCAUAUUUUACUUGACUAAAAUUAUAUGAAAAUACUUCAGCAAUUAACUUUAAUAUUCUUUUUAUAUCAUAAACUACUAUAGCAAUUUAUUGAUGUAUUUGAAUUCAGCCAGGAUUUAUGAUAUUAAAUUUCAUAACCCCCACCAUGCCUAGCAAUAAAUAAAUCCCCUAUGCAAGCAAAAACUUUGCUACUCAUGUAUUUAAGGCAAAGCUUUAGAGUACUUUAAAUUUCGUUUGUGAAUACAUGAAUUCAAGACUGUUUCCAUAGGAAGUCACAAAUCUUCAACAGAAAAAUGUGUAUUCUUUAAAGUAUAAAAAGGUUCAAUAUUAAGUUGAAACUUCCCAAGGGGCUAGAAUAGUAAAGUAUACAUAAUGGCAAAAAAUAAUAUUUUUAUAUAUUGGUGAUGGAAACAAGUAUUAAUUCCCUGGAAGACAUUUCUUUAUGACUUUUUUUUUUUUUAAUCUGCCUUAUUUAAUGAAAAUAUGUGUUCAAAAUGUGCACACGUUAAAAACCAGAACUGGCCUUCCGUGUGCUUUAGCAGCACUGGGUUCUAAAACUCCAUCUCUUUUCCUCUCUCCAC